CAGCUGGAGAUCAGACACCACAAGAGAAGUGAUGGCCACGUCUGAACCGAGAGCCAGCGGCGGGGAACAGGACCCCAACUCUGCCAAUUUAAGACCUCCGACAACAACAAACGAUUACGCGUGGAUGCACGGAUGCACACGGAAACUGGGGAUGAAGAUUUGUGGGUUCCUGCAGAAGAACAACAGCCUGGAUGAGAAGGGGAGGCUCGCGGGCCAGAAGAACCUGCUCUCCUGCGACAACAGUGACAGGGACGCGCGCUUCCGCCUCUCCGAGACCGACUUCUCCAACUUGUUCGCGAGAGACUUGCUGCCAGCCAAAAAUGGAGAGGAGCCAACCAUACAGUUUCUGCUGGAGAUCGUUGAAAUCCUCACCAAUUACGUGAAGAAGACCUUCGACCGCUCCACUAAGGUUCUGGACUUCCACCACCCCCACCAGCUGCUGGAGGGCAUGGAGGGAUUCAACCUGGAGCUGUCAGACCAGCCAGAAUCCCUGGAGCAGAUCCUGGUGGACUGCAGGGACACGCUGAAGUAUGGAGUCCGGACAGGUCACCCUCGAUUCUUUAACCAGUUGUCUUCUGGUCUGGACAUCAUCGGACUCGCUGGAGAGUGGCUCACCUCCACCGCUAACACCAACAUGUUCACCUAUGAGAUUGCACCAGUGUUUGUGUUGAUGGAGCAGCUGACUCUGAGGAAAAUGAGAGAGAUGAUUGGCUGGCCUGACGGCGAGGGAGACGGAAUCUUUUCACCAGGCGGCGCUAUCUCUAACAUGUACAGCGUGAUGAUCGCACGCUACAAGUAUUUCCCUGAGGUCAAGACCAAGGGCAUGACUGCUGCUCCUCGCCUCGUCCUAUUUACUUCUGAACAUAGCCAUUACUCCAUAAAGAAGGCUGGAGCUGCUUUGGGCUUUGGUUCAGAGAACGUGAUCCUGCUGAGCACAGAUGAGAGAGGGCGAGUCAUUCCUGCAGAUCUGGAGGCCAAGAUCAUCGAUGCUAAACAGAAGGGUUACCAUCCACUCUUUGUGAACGCUACAGCCGGUUCCACUGUGUAUGGAGCGUUUGAUCCAAUCAAUGAGAUCGCUGACAUUUGUGAGAAGUACAACCUGUGGCUCCAUGUUGAUGGAGCGUGGGGCGGUGGACUUCUGAUGUCCAGGAAGCAUCGCCACAAGCUCAGUGGGGUGGAGAGGGCCAACUCUGUCACAUGGAACCCUCACAAGAUGAUGGGUGUCCCUCUGCAGUGCUCUGCCAUCCUGGUCAGAGAGAAGGGAAUCCUGUCUGGCUGUAACUCCAUGUGUGCUGGUUACCUCUUCCAACAAGACAAACAGUACGAUGUGGCUUAUGACACAGGGGACAAAGCCAUCCAGUGCGGCCGACACGUUGAUAUCUUUAAGUUCUGGCUCAUGUGGAAGGCAAAGGGCACCAUCGGGUUUGAGCAGCACAUUGAUAAGUGUCUGGACCUGUCUCAGUACCUGUACAACAAGAUCAAGAACAGGGAGGGAUACGAGAUGGUGUUUGAUGGCGUGCCUCAGCACACCAAUGUUUGCUUCUGGUACAUCCCACCCAGCCUGAGAGGAAUGCCUCAUGGUGAUGAGCGGCGAGAGAAACUCCACAGGGUGGCGCCAAAGAUCAAGGCCAUGAUGAUGGAGUCUGGGACCACCAUGAUAGGCUACCAGCCUCAGGGCCAAAAAGUCAACUUCUUCCGUAUGGUUGUCUCAAACCCUGCCGCCACCCAGUCCGACAUCGACUUCCUGAUCGACGAGAUUGAGAGGUUGGGUCAGGACCUGUAGAUUUGUUGGACAGCGCCGCUCUAGUGGCAACAUGGUGGAACUGCACGCUUAAUCUGUUUUAAAUCUAAGGAGGUGAAACACUCUCAGUGCUGCAGACAGACUAAUAACAGGACGUGUUACGGUUCUUUCUGUCCCGUUUAUUUUUGCCUGAAGCAUUCUGACUGUUUCUCCAACGGAAGAGAAACCAACAAAGAGAGAAAAAGAAACAAAGAGAGAGAGAGAGAAAGAGAGAGAGAGAGACUGUGAGUUUAGCACUCGCUCGUCCAUCAUAGCUCCUCUGAUAGACAAAAUAUAUAAAAGUAUCUGAAGGCUCCAGGCACAACAAACACUCUUAAACGUAUGUGUGUGCUGUGGACUCUUUUAAUGUGUGUGUGAUCUACUUUCUUCAGUAAUGUAGUUUGUCUUUUGAUGCGUGUACGUGUGCCUGAGUGUAUGUGUGUGUGUGUGUGUGUGUGUGUGUGUGUGUGUGUGUGUGAGUUUUUGGACAAACACUUAAAGGUAGAAAAGCACAGAUUAAAAAUAUGAGAAACUAAUAAAGUUAUUCUGCUGUAUCAUACGUUUGCUACACAAAAUUGAAUGACAGGUGCUUCAAGCUGUACAUUAUAUUUAAUCCCAGUUCACAUAAAGCAGUGUACAUGCCCCUGUUGUGUGUGUGUGUGUGUGUGCGUUUGUUUGUGUGUGUCUAUGUUGCACACCAGGUGUAUCCUGUCAUGUAUUUUAGGCAAGCAGUGUGAUAAAAUAAGCUCAGUAUGACCCAAUGUGCACACCAUAGGUAGCCGAUGUGUCAAACUGAGAGAGAAAAAACUUGUCAGCUAAAUUUGCAAUAUUUUCCCUCGUAGAAGAUUUAGAUUAAGAUUAAAAAUGUCUGCAGCUCUCCUCAGUCUGUGACGACUUUUAAACGCUGGCUCGUUAUCUGUUUCAUGCAAUCAUGUGAUACCAUGUGUGUUUAUAGCAUUGUUAAGACAUUUGAUUAUAUAAGAACAAAUAUUUAUUGCAUUUCCACUGUUUGCAGAUUCAGGUAUUUUAUUGUAAAUGUAUCUUUAUGUGUAUUACACGGUAAUACAUGUGUAAUGUAAUCACAGGAAGUUUAUUUAUAGUGAUUUUGUCAGCCAAAGAAAGAAUCGGGAACAGAGCAAUCCAUCGUCCUACAUAUUAUAGACCUUCUUAUAGAUUAUAGGUGUUUGUAAAAUGUGACCUUUUGACCCUUGACUGCGAUGCAAUUUCUAUGGUGUGUUUCUUUCUGUGAUUGUGAGUCUUUUUGACUGAAUGUUUAGAGACGACUGACUGACUGGCCUUCUGAUGAGAUUAAGAAUGAAGUCUUUUUAAUCCUUAUGGCAGUCAUGCCGGUCUUUUAUUUCAAAGGAAAGCACAAGGAUGUGAGAAUGUACUCUCCUAUAGAGCCUGUAAUGAAAGGGUUGUCGUAUCCGUUUGAAUCCUAAUGCAUUUACUGUAAUAUAAUAUAUUAUUGUAAUACAUAUUACCUGUAUUCUCAGUGUUAUGGGAGCUCAGUGGGAUAUCUUGUAUACAGAGUUCCUGUUUAUGUCUUUGCACAAUGUUCACCUUUCUUUCUUCCAUUGUAAAUGGAUGUGUACUAUGGCAGUAUUAUAUAAGACUUAUAAUAACAAAGUAUUUACGGUAUCUAGGGACCAUAUGUGAAUGGAACAAUUGUAUAAAUCAUAUUUAAGGUAACCUGUGUACUGUAUGUGGCUCCUGUAUGUGACCAAUCUGGUUUUUUAAAUAAGCCAGCUGUAAGGGAACAAUUCCCAGGAGGUUUUCAGUCGGCACUUUAACAGAAUCAGAAAAAGAUCUUUAAAUAAAGUCUAUUGAAGGG